AUGGCUAUAAUGUAUAUACUUGAAAAAGAAUUCGACAGUAUUGAUAAAAAUUCUGAUGGAUUUCUAAGUAGAGCUGAAAUUAUUAGUUGUUUGGAAAGUUUUGGUUUUCCUAAAAGUAAAGCUGAAGAAGUUAUCAAACUGUAUGAUGAAAAUAAAGAUGGGAAAAUAUCUAAAAAUGAAUUCAUGAAAGCUACAAAUAAGAAACUUUCACAAUCUGAUGUAUCAUGUGCUGCAUUAAGGAAAAUAUUUCGUGAAAUGGAUCGAAAUAAAGAUGGAACUAUUUCAAAAGAAGAAAUAAAAAAUUACAUGAAAAAUGAUUGUAAUUUUAUAUUUCCUAUACAAGUUGAACAAUGGGUUGAUAAAUAUGAUAAAAAUAAAGAUGAAAGAUUAAAUUAUGAAGAAUUUAUUGGAUUUGUUUCAGAAUAUUUGUAA